UUUGGAAUCUUCUGGCUCAAUCCAGGAAAACGAAAGGAAAGAGUUUGAAACCCUGAAAUGAGAAAGGAUCCGCUCGGUGCUCAUCAGUCUAAGUUGAAAUAGCUGAGGCCUUCUGACAGGUGCCUGGCGGGAGGAGGAGCGACCUUCCCGACAUGCUGCCCUUAACGGUGGUUUUGCUUGGGUUGGUUGUGCAGAAUUUCUGCUCCCUGGCUGAAACCACAGGUCAGGCAAAAAGAUGCGAUAAGGAGUCUCUUCUGACAAUUAGGACCCAGUGCCGAUCCUGCUCACUUAAUGUUGAAAUUGAGUGCCCAGAUGGUUAUACCAAGAUAACCAACAAAUCUGUAGGAGUUCGGGAUUGCAGGUACGCCUUUGAGAUCAGAACAUACUCUCUAUCUCUCCCUGGAUGCCGCCAUAUUUGCAGAAAAAACUAUCUCCAACCUGAGUGUUGUCCAGGUCACUGGGGUCCAGACUGCAUGGAGUGCCCAGGAGGAGCCGGGUCACCCUGCAGUGGCAGGGGUAGUUGUGCUGAAGGCAUGGAAGGAAAUGGGAGCUGCUCCUGCCAGGAGGGGUUUGGUGGAGCAGCCUGUGAAACCUGCGCUGAUGACAACUUGUUUGGCCCCAACUGUUCCGGAGUGUGCAACUGUGUGCAUGGCGUGUGCCACGGGGGACUAGCAGGCGAUGGGACCUGCGAGUGCUUCUCUGCCUACACUGGCCCCAGCUGUGACAAACCCAUCCCCGAGUGCGCAGCUUUACACUGUCCAGAAAAUUCCAGAUGUGCACCUUCCAGUGAAGACGAAACCAAACUAGAAUGCAAAUGCCUUCCCAAUUACAAAGGCACCAGCAGGCACUGUGAGCCCAUCAAUCCGUGUUUACAAGAAGUCUGCCACCCUCAGGCUCACUGCACGUUCCUGGGACCAAAUCGGCACAGUUGUGCGUGCCAAGCAGGCUACCGCGGGGAUGGCCACGUGUGCUUGCCUGUAGACCCCUGCCAAACUAACUUUGGAAACUGCCCUACACAGUCUACUGUGUGCAAAUACGAUGGGCCUGGACAGUCUCACUGCGAGUGUAAGGAGCAUUACCAGAAUUUUGUGCCUAGAGUCGGGUGCAGUAUGACCAACAUCUGUGAAUCAAACAACCCAUGUCACAGGAAUGCAAACUGCACCACCGUCGCACCGGGCCAAACAGAAUGUACCUGCCAUAAAGGUUACGUGGGCGACGGCGCAACGUGCUAUGGGAACAUCAUGGAGCGACUCCGAGAACUAAACACUGACCCCAGAGGAAAAUGGCAAGGAAGUCUGACCUCGUUCAUCUCCCUCCUGGACAAAACUUAUGCCUGGCCGCUGAGUAACCUGGGACCAUUCACUGUGCUGCUGCCCUCAGACAACGGCCUGAAAGGUUUCAAUGUAAAAGAGCUUUUGAUGGACAGCAAGUCUGCUCAGUAUUUUGUAAAACUGCACAUCAUUGCUGGACAGAUGGACACAGAGCAUUUGAACAACACAGACACCUUCUACACCUUGACUGGGAUGUCAGGGGAAAUCUUCAACAGGGAUAAGGACAAUCAACUGAAGCUUAAGCUUUACAGAGGCAAAAAGAAAGUAAAAAUUAUUCAGGGGAACAUAAUUGCCUCCAACGGGCUGGUGCACAUCCUCGACAGAGCCAUGGACAAGAUAGAGCCCACAUUUGAGAGCAACCCCCAGCAAACCAUAAUGACAAUGCUGCAACCAAGAUACAGCAAGUUCAGAUCCCUGCUGGAGGAAACCAAUGUGGGACAUGCCUUAGAUGAGGAGGAAGUUGGGGGACCGUACACCAUAUUUGUCCCAAAUAAUGAAGCAUUGGAUAACAUGCAGGAAGGCACUCUCGAUUACCUCCUUUCUGCAGAGGGCUCUCGGAAGCUUCUGGAACUCGUCAGAUACCACAUUGUCCCCUUUACCCAGCUGGAAGUAGCCACUCUGGUUUCGACCCCUCACAUUAGAAGCAUGGCCAACCAGGUCAUACAGUUCAACACCACCAGCAACGGACAGAUUCUGGCAAACAAUGUGGCCAUGGAAGAAAUUGAGGUCACUGCCAAAAAUGGCCGGAUUUACACCCUGACCGGAGUUCUCAUUCCUCCCUCCAUCGUCCCGAUUCUGCCCCAUCGAUGUGAUGAAACGAAGAGAGAAAUGAAACUGGGCUCUUGCGUGCGCUGUUCCCUGGCGGAUUGGAGCAGAUGUCCUGCCAACUCUGAGCCCACAGCUCUCUUCACACAUAAGUGUGUCUACAGGAGCAGGAUGAGUCUGAAGAGCGGCUGUGCCCGAUAUUGUAAUGCCUCUGUGCAGGUACCAAAGUGCUGCAAAGGCUUCUACGGGCCUGACUGCCACCCAUGUCCAGGAGGCUUCUCCCACCCGUGCUCUGGCAAUGGACAGUGUGCAGACGGCAGCCGAGGCAACGGGACGUGCGUGUGCGACGACGGCUUCCGAGGGUCCCGGUGUCAGUUCUGCUCGGACCCCAGUAAAUACGGACCUCGCUGUGACAAAAAAUGUCUGUGUGUCCACGGAACCUGCAACAACAGAGUAGACAGCGACGGUGCCUGCCUUGCUGGCACAUGCACCGACGGCUCCGCUGGGAGAUUCUGUGACAAGCAGACGUCAGCCUGCGGGCCCUACGUGCAGUUCUGUCACAUCCACGCCACCUGCGAAUAUAGCGAUGGGACAGCCAGCUGUGUUUGCAAGGAAGGAUAUGAAGGGGAUGGGGUGCAGUGUUCCGAGAGGGACCCUUGCAUGGGAUCGAGCCCAGGAGGCUGCAGCCGCAACGCAGAAUGCGUCAAAACCAGCACGGGGACGCACACCUGCGUGUGCCAGCAGGGCUGGACGGGGGACGGAAGAGAUUGCCUGGAGAUCAACAACUGUCUGCUGCCGGGUGCAGGCGGCUGCCAUGACAACGCAACCUGUUUGUACGUAGGCCCUGGGCAGAAUGAAUGUGAGUGCAAGAAAGGAUUUCGAGGAAAUGGGAUUGACUGUGAACCAAUAAUCUCAUGCUUGGAGCAAACUGGGAAAUGUCAUCCACUGGCCAGCUGUCAGUUGGCUGCUUCUGGAAUCUGGAGCUGUGUUUGUCAAGAGGGUUAUGAAGGAGAUGGCCUCCUGUGCUACGGAAAUGCAGCCGUGGAAUUGUCAUUUCUCUCCGAAGCAGCUAUAUUUAACCAAUGGAUAACUAAUGCGUCUCUACAACCCAUGCUGUCCACCACCUCCAACCUCACUGUCCUCGUGCCCUCCCAGCAAGCCGUGGAGAAUAUGGACCAAGACGAGAAAGCCUUCUGGUUAUCACAGAGCCACAUCCCGGCCUUGAUAAGAUACCACACGCUCCUCGGCACGUAUGGGAUGGCAGAUCUGCAGAACCUGACGUCUUCUGACAUGCUGGCCACAUCUUUGCAGGGCAACUUCCUUCACCUGGAGAAGGUGGACGGGAAUAUCACCAUCGAAGGAGCGUCCAUUGUAGAUGGUGACAAUGCGGCCACCAACGGGGUGAUACACAUCAUCAGCAAGGUGCUGGUCCCCCGAAGAGGACUAACUGGCUCCUUGCCAAACCUGCUCACCCGGCUGAACCAGAUGCCGGACUACUCCAUCUUCCGGGGCUACAUCAUUCACUAUAAUCUGGCAAAUGCAAUAGAGGCUGCUGAUGCUUACACGGUGUUUGCUCCAAACAAUGAAGCCAUUGAGAAUUACGUCAGGGAGAAGAAGGUCACAACUCUGGAGGAGGACAUCCUGCGGUACCACGUGGUCCUGGACGAGAAGCUCCUGAGGAACGACCUGCACCAGGGCAUGCACCGGGAGACCAUGCUGGGCUUCUCCUACCUCCUCGGCUUCUUUCUCCACCAUGACCAGCUCUAUGUAAACGAGGCUCCAAUAAACUACACCAAUGUUGCCACUGACAAGGGAGUGAUCCAUGGCCUGGGGAAAGUUCUGGAAAUCCAGAGGAAUCGAUGUGAUAAAAAUGACACCAUUAUUGUACGGGGAAAGUGUGGAAAGUGUCCCCAGAAGCCCAUCUGCCCACUAGGAACUAAACCACUAGGCGAUGAGACGAGGAAAUGCAUCUAUACCAUUUAUUUCAUGGGAAAGCGGUCCGUGUUCAUCGGGUGCCAGCCCAAGUGCGUGAAGACUGUCAUUACCAGAGCGUGCUGUGCGGGCUUCUUUGGUCCCCAGUGCCAGGCCUGCCCCGGGAAGGCCCAGAACGCCUGCUUCGGGAACGGCAUCUGUUUGGACGGUGUGAACGGCACGGGCGUGUGUGAGUGUGAGCAGGGCUUCAGCGGGACGGCCUGCGAGACCUGCACCGAGGACAAGUACGGCAUCCACUGCGACCAAGCAUGUCCUUGUGUCCACGGGAGAUGCAACCAAGGACCCUCGGGUGACGGCUCCUGUGAAUGUGACGUUGGCUGGCGAGGCGUGAGAUGCGACAGCGCAAUCACCAUAGACAACUGCAAUGGGACCUGCCACACCAGUGCCAACUGCCUUCUCAACCCGGAUGGUACAGCCUCAUGCAAAUGCGCGGCAGGAUUCCAAGGCAACGGGACAGUCUGCACAGCCAUCAACGCCUGUGAGAUCAGCAACGGAGGGUGCUCCGCCAAGGCCAUCUGCAAAAGAACCAGCCCUGGGAGCCGGGUGUGCAUGUGCAAGGAGGGCUAUACGGGCGAUGGCAUCGUGUGCCUCGAAAUCAACCCAUGUUUGGAGAACAACGGCGGAUGUGACAAGAACGCAGAGUGCACACAGACGGGACCCAACCAGGCUGCCUGUAACUGUUUGCCGAAGUACACCGGAGAUGGGAAGACCUGCACACUCAUUAACAUCUGCUUAACCAAAAAUGGCGGCUGUAGUCCAUUUGCCAUCUGCAAUUACACUGCAAAAGAUGGAAGGACCUGCACCUGCAAGGCGAACUACACUGGGGAUGGAUUUACCUGCCGUGGCAACAUCUACCAGGAGCUUCCCAAGGACCCAAACACCUCCCAGUAUUUCUUCCAGAUCCAGACGCAUGUCAUUCGAGAACUGGCUGGGCCUGGCUCCUUCACUGUUUUUGCACCUCUGUCUUCAGCCUUUGACAAGGAACCCCAGAUCAAAGACUGGGACAGACAAGGCCAAAUGCCCCAGAUUCUUCGCUAUCACGUGGUCGCCUGCCAGCAGCUGCUACUGGAGAACCUGAAACUGACCCCAAACGCUACUUCCCUCCAAGGAGAGCAGAUUGUCAUCUCCGUCUCUCAGGAUACAGUAUACUUAAACAAUAAGGCUAAGAUCAUAUCCAGUGAUGUCAUCACUACUAAUGGAAUCAUCCAUAUUAUAGACAAAUUACUAUCUCCCCAAAACUUGCUUAUCACCCCCAGAGACACCUCCGGGAAGAUUCUGCAAAAUCUUACAACGGUGGCAGUGAAGCACGGCUACAGCAGAUUCAGCAAGUUAAUACAGGACUCGGGCUUGCUGAGUGUCAUCACUGACCCCAUUCACACCCCUGUCACUCUCUUCUGGCCCACGGACCAAGCCCUGCAAGCCCUGGCCCCUGAACAACAGAAUUUCCUGUUCGACCAAGUCAACAAGGACAAGCUGAAGGAGUACUUGAAGUUCCACGUGAUCCGAGAUUCCAAGGUGUUAGCUGCCGACCUGCCCCGAUCUGCCUGGAAGACCCUGCAGGGUUCGGAGCUCAGUGUGACGUGUGGAGCUGGCAGUGACGUCGGCGAGCUCUUUCUAAAUGGCCAGAUGUGCAGAGUUGUGCAGCGAGAGCUCCUGUUUGACCUGGGCGUGGCCUACGGCAUCAACUGUCUGCUGACGGACCCCACCCUGGGAGGCCGCUGUGACACCUUUACCACUUUCAAUGUCUCGGGGGACUGUGGGAGCUGUGCCAGCACUCCCAGAUGCCCGCGGUGGAGCAAACCCAAGGGGGUGAUGCAGAAGUGUCUUUACAACCUGCUGCCGUUCAAGAGGAACCUGGAAGGCUGCCAGCGGCAGUGUGUGUUGGUGAUCCAGCUGCCCAGGUGCUGCAAGGGCUACUUCCUGCCAGACUGCCAGGCCUGCCCCGGAGGACCCGAUACCCCGUGUAACAACAGGGGCGUCUGCCUCCAGCAGUACUCGGCCACGGGACAGUGCCAGUGCAGCACCGGCUUCAACGGGACUGCGUGCGAGCUGUGCUGGCCGGGGAGAUUCGGGCCUGACUGUCAGCCCUGCAGCUGCUCAGAGCACGGACAGUGUGACGAUGGCAUCACAGGCUCCGGACAGUGUCUGUGUGAAACCGGGUGGACGGGCCGCUUCUGCGACACUCCGGCAGCGCUGCCCCCUGUAUGCACGCCUCCUUGUUCGGCUCAUGCCACCUGUAUGCAGAACAACACCUGCGAGUGCCACCUGAACUAUGAAGGCGACGGAAUAACCUGCACAGUUGUGGACUUCUGCAAACAGAACAACGGGGGCUGUGCCAAGGUCGCCAAGUGCUCCCAGAAGGGCACCAAAGUCUCCUGCAGCUGCCCGAAGGGUUACCAGGGAGAUGGCCACAGCUGCACCGAGGUAGACCCCUGCGCAGACGGCCUCAACGGCGGGUGUCACGAGCACGCCACCUGCAGGAAGACCGGCCCGGGCAGGCGCAAGUGUGAAUGUAAGAGUCACUACGUGGGGGACGGGCUGGACUGCCAGCCAGAACAGCUGCCCCUGGACCGCUGCUUACAGGACAAUGGACAGUGUCAUGCCGACGCGGACUGCACCGACCUCCACUUCCAGGAUACCACUGUUGGGGUGUUCCAUCUCCGCUCUCCACUGGGCCAGUACAAGCUGACCUUUGACAAAGCCAGAGAGGCCUGUGCCAACGAAUCUGCCACCAUGGCCACCUACAACCAGCUGUCCUAUGCCCAGAAGGCUAGUUACCACCUCUGUUCUGCCGGCUGGCUGGAGAGUGGGCGGGUGGCCUACCCCACAGCCUAUGCUUCCCAGAACUGUGGCAACGGGGUGGUUGGGAUCGUGGACUAUGGACCCAGAAACAACAAGAGUGAGAUGUGGGACGUCUUCUGCUACCGCAUGAAAGAUGUGAACUGCACCUGCAAGGCCGGCUACGUGGGUGAUGGCUUCUCAUGCAGUGGGAACAUGCUGCAGGUCCUGAUGUCCUUCCCCUCGCUCACGAACUUCCUGACGAAAGUCCUGGCCUACUCCAACAGCUCAGCCAGAGGCCAGGCGUUUCUGAAACACCUGACUGACCUGUCCAUCCGCGGCACCCUCUUUGUGCCACAGAACGGUGGGCUGGGGAAAAAUGAGGUCCUGUCUGGGCGGGACAUCGAGCACCACUUCACCAAUGUCAGCAUUUUUUACAAUGAUCUUGUCAAUGGUACCACCAUGCAAACAAGGCUGGGAAGCCAGCUACUCAUCACUGCCAGCCAUGACCAGCUCCAAAUGAAGGAGACCAGGUUUGUGGAUGGAAGAGCAAUUCUGCAGUGGGACAUCUUUGCCUCCAAUGGAAUCAUUCACAUCAUUUCCAGGCCUUUAAAGGCACCCCCCAUGCCCACGACCUCGUCCCACACUGGCCUGGGAACAGGGAUAUUCUUUGCUAUCAUCUUGGUCAUUGGAGCAAUUGCUUCAGCUGCCUAUUCUUACUUCCGGCUAAACCGGAGAACAAUUGGCUUCCAGCAUUUUGAGUCAGAAGAGGACAUCAAUGUCUCGGCCUUUGGUGAGCCAGAGAACAUCACAAACCCCAUGUACGAGAGCGUGACCUCAGCGCCCCCAGAGCCUUCCUGCAACAUCUUUGCUGACUCUGGUGAGCAGCAGCUGGACAGCAGUGACCCCUUGGGGACAUUGUAAGGGCCUGAGGUGAGCAGCCAGCCGGCAGCCCCUGCCCUGGGGGCCCACAGCCUCGUCAAGCCUCAGGACUGUGAAUUCCAAGAACCGGAUGCUUUGGGGGAACCCGGGGCUCCUUGGCAUUGUAGACUAUGAAGCUCUCAGAAGUCAUACCUCAUCUCUUCAGUUAAUCUGGGGGUCAUUCCAUGUUACUGAGUCCACCAGGGGCUUCUUCCCCUCCCCUGAGCCUCCUUUGUACCUUGCAGAUGACGCUCCUCCUGUUCUGCCCCACAUCCUGGGUAACUGUGAUCUUAUUUCUGUUAGAUUGAGCUCCCGAAGGCAGGGACUCACCUCACUUGUAUCCCAGCACCCCACACAGUCCCUGGCUCAUGAAAUGUGCUCAAUAAACAUUUAUGG